AUGCCCAACGAUGACAAUGACAACGACUCCGCCACCACCGGCGCCGCCGCGGCCCCCGACGCCGAGCCAAGGUACCACUGGACUGGGUUUUACCGGUACCGCUUCCCAUUGCCCCCCUCGGUGAUUCCCGGUGCCGAUUCCGGUUCCCAGUGCCACCUUCGGUGGUUCCCGGUACCGGUGACGAUUCCCGGUGCCGGUUCGUGUUCCCGGUACCGGUUCCGGUUUCCGCUACCACCCUCGGGGAUUUUACCGGUACCACCCCGAUUCCCGAUACCAUCGGAGGCGGUUCCCGGUGCCGGUUCCGGUUCCCGGUGCCGGUUCGUGUUCCCGGUACCACCUUCGGCGAUUCCCGGUACCGGUGGCGAUUCCCGGUACCGGUUCGUGUUCCCGCUGCCACCUUCGGGGAUUCCCGGUACCGGUUCGUAUUCCCGGUACCGGUUCCGGUUUCCGGUACCACCCUCGGCGAUUCCCGGUACCGGUGGCGAUUCCCGGUACCGGUUCCGGUUUCCGGUUCAGAACAUCUCCCAAUCCCUGGAGCUGCUGGAUCUCCGCACUGUGCGGGAUCUCUCCUACGUGCGGGGUUCGGAGUCGCUGCUGUCGGGGUUGAGCUCGAGGCUCCGAGCGGCCCCCGAGGGGCUCAACCCCCGCAGCUUCCAGGUGUGGUACAUGGACGGCUACUACAAGGGCCGCCGCGUGCUGGAGUUCCACACCUGGAUGGGUAUGGUAUGGUACAUGGACGGCUACUACAAGGGCCGCCGCGUGCUGGAGUUCCGCAGCCUCACCGACUUCAUCAGCGGCCAAAACUUCGUCCAGCACCUCCUCCCUCACCCUUGGGCGGGCACGGGCCACGUGGUUUUCAACGGCUCCUUGUACUACAACAAAUUCCAGAGCAACGUGGCCGUGCGUUACCACUUCCGCUCGCGCAGCGUCCUGGUGCAGCGCAGCCUCCCCGGCGCCGGCUACAACAACACCUUCCCUUAUUCCUGGGGGGGAUUCUCGGAUAUGGAUUUCAUGGCGGACGAGAGCGGCCUGUGGGUGGUUUACACCACCAACCAGAACGCCGGCAACAUCGUGGUGAGCCGUUUGGACCCGCUGAGCUUGGAGGUGUUGAGGAGUUGGGACACCGGUUACCCCAAACGCAGCGCCGGCGAAGCUUUCAUCAUCUGCGGCGUCCUCUACGUCACCAACUCGCACCUGGCCGGCGCCAAGAUUUAUUUCGCUUAUCACACCAACACCUCCAGCUACGAGUACACCGACAUCCCUUUCCACAACCAGUAUUCCCACAUUUCCAUGCUGGACUACAACCCGCGCCAGAGGGUUCUCUACACCUGGAACAACGGCCACCAGGUCAUCUACAACGUCACGCUCUUCCACGUCAUCAGCACGGCCGGGGAGCUCUGA